ACUUAGGCCGUCCGCGACGCAGGACGUGAGUUCCGACACUUUGACGUCGUUUUAUUCGUGUCCGCGAAGAAACGGCGUGGCUUUUAGGCAUCAAUUUUUUUUUUUCUUCCGCUCGCACCGGCCGCCCGGCGCGAGCUCCCCGCAAACAUUUUGCGCGUCUGCGAGCGAUGCUUGGCGCGUCGUUCCGUCCCGGCAUGCAGCGCGCACCGCGCACUGGGCAUGCGCAGUUGCGCGCUACGCCCGUAGUUCGCUUCGAGUCAACUCCCUUGUGUCCGCUGACGGCCGGCUCCCGGCAGAGCGCUCCGCAGACUGUUGUUAUUUUUUUUCUCGCUGCUCGGCUCAUUCGACGCUGAAGGCACGCCGAAAGAACGCAUCUCCGGCAGCAGGUGAGCGAGUUUUUCCAACAUGCCUGGAACGCCGAAGCACAAGGAGAUAGUGCUCGACACGAUCGACCAACUGCGAAAGCGCAAAGCGCGGCCGGACUUCGAGCGCAUUUGUCACAUGCUCUACCGGCGGCAUGGGCUGAGCAAAGCGGAGGUUCAGGAGGAGCUCGAUCUGCUCGUCGAUUCUGAGGCGGUGAUCAAAGUGGACUACAAGGGCAACACGAGCUACCGCAACGCCGCGAAAUGGGUUCGCUUCAACAAGUCUCUUUCCUCGGACACCGGCGCCGCUGCGGCCGCAGCCGUGACGGCGGUCGCCGUCGGUUGCGGCGGGCCGCAGCCGACCACGUUCAAGGUAAGCCGCGCGAUCGGCGAUGCCGCCCGGGACCUGUGGUUCGCGAGCAAGCAAAGUCUCGACGCUGCGGACGCCGGCGGCGUGUCGGCCGCGGAACUGGACGCCUAUUUGCAAGCGAGGGACUUCAAGUGCACCAAGGGAGCGCUCGAACUCGGCAUCGACAAGGAACUGGCGUCCGGCCGACUCGUGCGCCUGCCCAGCGGCAAGUUCGCGCCGAGCGAAGCGGAGAAGCAGCGGGCCGCCAAACUCGCGGCGGCAUGCGCGCUGAAGCCGACCGCGUCGCCCCCGAAGGCCCCGCGCAUCGUGAAACCGUUGUUGCAGCAGGCGUGCGAAGGUGGCUACGCCGUCCCUCCGAUCGGCGCGACCACGGCAACGUGCUCCGCUCCUCCGGCCGCCGGUCCCACCGCCGCCACGAGCAACGGAACAAACGGCGUUCUCAUCGUGCGCGCACCGACUUCGCCGACCGGCAGGACGACGACCGCAUCGGCAUCACUGUCCUCUCCACCGAACGCCAAACGAGCCAGGCCGCUUAGCAAGCGCAAGAGGAUCAAGAAGACGCAUGGGCCGGACUUCCUGGAGAACCUGGACAGUCCGACGAUGGAUGUGACCGAGUUCUUCGAGGAGGACGAGCCGCACUGCUUCGUCUGUUACCUCUCUGUGCCGCCAACCAGCAACGACUACAAGACACUGCUCAUCUGUCGAGACUGCAACACUAAGGCUCAUCCUUCCUGCCUCAACUACUCUGCGGAACUAGCUGCUGCGGCCCGGCUCGCUACAUGGCAGUGCGUCGACUGCAAGACGUGCUCAGGGUGCAGCGCGACUGCUGACAAUGACGAACUCAUCAUUUGUGAUGGCUGUGAUCGAGGUUACCACAUGGUGUGCCACAGGCCGAAGCUGACGCACAGGCCACAACGCAAGUGGCUGUGCAAGGCGUGCUGUGAUGUCACGAAGAAGACUGCUGGUGUCAAGAUCAAAACUGAAGUGGACAACUCAGUCGGGCUCCCGACACCAUGCGACUCCCCCGUGCCAGACGAAGAGCUCAAGGGCUUCGAUGGAGAGCACACUGACCUGUCGGCAUACUACAUAGCCCUGGACAAAUACCCAGAUGUGGUUCCUGAUGCCAAGGACUGGUCUGUCGAAGAAGUCGAGAAGUUCUUUGUGCACAUUGGCUUCCCAGAACAAGCAGUUGCAUUCAGGGACCAGGAAAUUGACGGCCGGUCUUUGCUCCUGUUGAAGCGUAGCGACGUCCUCACAGGCCUCUCUCUAAAGCUGGGGCCUGCGCUCAAGAUCUACAAUCACAUCAAGAGGCUCCAGACGGGGUUGCCAAACGGACACCUCUGCUGAAACCAGACCAGUCACAAUGCACCCGAACCUUUCCCAUUUGUUCACAAGUAUGCGCCACCAUUGUACAUAUGUAGUCUACGAAGGAAGCACUCCCAACCGCCCUUGAAAUCUAAGCAGCUUAAGGGAGGACAUUUCGCAAAAAAGCUUCGCUUGUGAGCAAGUGGUUGGUCGGGACGUUGUUCUUUCGUCAUGUGUGUGUUGCUGAGAGACUGUUGUACUCGCAGAGUUGAUUUCAGUAAAGAUCGCGAGGUUGGAGGAAUGCCAUAGGGCCAAGUCAAAGCGGCAUUAGUUAGAGCAGGUCACUGGUGAGAAUAAUGGCGAGAACGAGGCUCAAGUAUUACAACGCAAAAAAAAAGGACGAGGCAUAAAGCAGGAGCUGAGGGGCACACAGAAUAGCAAUUGUCCAAGUACCUAAGCUUAACGUUCCAGCACUUGGAACUGUAGUAAUCACAUACCUUGGUUCUUAUUUUAUGUUGUUGUUAAACCAAUUCUUUUUUUGUGUGUAUGUAUGUGUGUCCUCUAUUGUAUAUAUAUACAUUUAUUCAGUUAUAGGCGACGCCUAGUUGGUUGUCAGCACUCCGCAUGCCCCUAGUUUCCUGUCUUGCGCCUUUUUUCCCCCUGCAUUGUAAUAUUUAAGUCGCGUUAUACAACUUUCCCAAGCCUAAACCUUACUUAAAAAAUAAGUUUAUGUUUAUGGAUCCACACAGAAGUCUUAGCAACAGUCGAACAGUAGUUUCAAAAUGUAGAUAUAUGCUUUACCUAUCAAAGGUCUGAACUGGCUGACGAUACAAUCGUCCAACCUAUCAAAGGUCUGGCGGAUUGGUUGCUGAUAGCAAGCUAUAGAGUACUUUGGAAACCAGUGCAAAGGUCACAUUAAAUAGAAGACAACACCCUAAAGUGUGAUUUGCCCUCUGUGGCGUUCAUUGGCCUCCCACAACGUUUCUCCUUUGUACUUGGUCCCACUACUGUUUGCCAGAGGCAUUCGACCUGAACACUUGUUUGUGUUUCCAAAGGUGACCAGUUACCAGUUUUACAAACGAGAGUUCACACUUCGACACAACUGCGAAGAGUGGAGGGUGCACCUGCUCUCUACAGGUUCAAUGGCACCACCAUUGACCGUCAAGUUCCACCGACAUGUUUAAACAAAAAGGAACUGCUGCAUGUGCACUCAUUGAUGGCAUAACCAACCUUCAUUCAGUUUGUGCUGCAGGCCUUUGUUGCCAACAGUGAUGUUCGAUUUGGGGCUGCUUUUUGCGUGCUACAUUACAGCUUCAGACAUUUUUAAGUCCUUUGGA